GCCCGCUGCACCCAACCACCCCCCCAAGCACUCUCUCCUUUUAUACACCUCUUGUGCAAGAAACACCUCUCCUCUCCCCCUCCCACACCCGUUUUGCGGCUGAGGUGAAGAAAUACCCAUCGAGACCGUUGGACGCGACUCGAACGCUCUUAUCGCAGAGGCCCCGGAAUACUUGAAGUCGACGGGGGCCGGGGAAGAACGCUGGCGCAUUGCAUUCCAUGGUAACGCUUAUACGCGACAUACGGUAACGAUUCGACUUCUCGUUUGCUCUCGAACCGAGAUAUCAAGCCAGCCGAUAUCAAGUCUGCAUUCAGCUCUCGAACACAUUAUCAGACUUCGGCCACCCGCAUAAUCAUCUCUCAUGGUAGCUCGAAACCGUUGGCGAAUACGACGAGAACACAUCAUACGUACAACGACGACAGGUCCGCCCAUUCAUUAAUUGGCUCAUUGCACCGACUGCAACCGCCCUAGACUCAAUCGCGAAAUAGUCUACUUCGCUCAUAAUUAUCUACAAAAAACACCAUUGACCUAGCGGGAUCAUCGCCCGCUCAUAUUCUCAGAUGGGGAGCACGAAUUUCGGGAAUUUCGAGGACUUCUGCCGAGACUCGACACUUCCUGUCUGCAAUGUCUUGAGUAAUAGCCACAAUCAACGGGGACUAUGGGGCGGAUGUGAGUUGACAGGCAUCCCGUUGAAAAAUGGGCAGCAUCUGGGCAACCUCGGAUCAAUUUUGUUAUGCGGUAUCUCCAUUGUACUUUCAGUACUCCUGAUACUAAAGUCGGAAAGGAAGAGAGCUGCUGUUGGUCGAAGGGAAAUGCAGCUCUUUUUGAUUGGCUUUAUCAUAAUCGAGAUAGCCGAAAUCUUUUCCGUUGGCGAGUUUCCGUUGCCAUCGAAGGUUCGAAUCGCGUUUACGGGAAUACACAUUGGGAUGAUCAUCGCGACAACCUGGGUCCUUCUCAUGAACGCCGUUGUUGGAUUCCAGUUACUGGACGAUGGCACGCCUUUAUCAAUAGGACUGAUUAUUGUUUCCGCUGCUAUCCUUCUCAUCGGUACUGGGUACAUCACCCUGGACACUGGGUUCAACUGGACUAGCGAGUUCGAGAGUAGUUACCGGUUGCCAAACCGACACAUUGCCCUCUACGUUCUUUAUCAGCUAGUGCCACUCAUCUUCCUAGUGGCCUUCUAUGUCCUCGAAGCCAUCCUAGUCCUGCGCGUGCUUGGGGAGGUGCGACCGAUGAUCUACCUUACUGGCGCAGCAGUGCUUUUUGCGCUCGGCCAGAUCUUUAACUAUCUUAUUAGCCCUUACAUAUGCAACGGUACAGCAGGCAAAAUCGACGGGGCACUGUUUGAGACGUUGUUCACCCUGCUCUCCGUGCUGAUGAUCUGGAUAUUCUGGUCUAGUAUCACCGAGGACGACUGGCCUACAGCCGUACAAGGGAACUACCCAUAAUUCUUUUUGAUCAUUUCGUCAACACGGCGUCGGAGUUCAGGUUUAGUGGCAUACCCAAUUGUUUUCUAUUUCAAGGCUAAUGUUUCGUGUGAGCGAUGAACAUACAAAAAUUCAGCAUGACCUCACGUUGGAAUCUAAUUUUCGCGUACAUGACAAUAUUUUACUUCGGCAUUAAAAUGAGGAGGAUUGGAGAGACAGUGGUUGGAUGCGAGACAUGAAGCAAUAAAGCAGCAAUAGUGAAGGGAAGCAUGAAGGAGCAUGAAGAGAAUAUUAUACCCUAAGGAGCGUAGUUAAUGUAUAUCAUGUCGUAUGAUAGAACGAGGAUGACUACGGAAUGUGUAGUCAAAGUUAGUGUAAUCGUGUGGAAGAGAAUAUACACCAUUGAGUUUGUCUCUUCGCAUCAUUUCCCUAGGUCAACAUUUGGAACCUGUAAGAUUGAUGUGAGAGAUGAUAUUUCGUCACGAUGGGGAGGGGGCACUAAUCAGCUGAAAAUAGUGCUGAGAUUUGCCCAAGGUCCAAUCGGACAGUGCUAAAUUAUAGCAUGUACAAGGCUGUGACAUCACC